AAGCCAAUGGAUAAAAUGAGUUGAAGUCAGGAAUUUUUGAUAUACCAGGGCUUGUGACUCACCUCCACUUCAUCACCCAGUCUGGCAUAGAAGCGUGGAGCAAAAACUUCUCUUUGCAGUGCAUGGACGGAAAGCCAAUGCGCAGGUGUGCCAGUAAUCGAGCAGGCGAAACCGGAAUGGACGUCACAAGCCGCUGCACUCUCGGCGAUCCCAACAAGCUGCCAGAAGGGGUUCCACAGCCCGCUCGCAUGCCUUACAUCUCGGACAAGCACCCUCGGCAGACACUGGAGGUCAUCAACCUGCUGAGGAAGCACCGGGAGCUGUGCGAUGUGGUGUUGGUCGUGGGGGCCAAGAAGAUCUACGCCCACCGGGUGAUCCUGUCAGCCUGCAGCCCCUACUUCCGAGCCAUGUUCACGGGGGAGCUGGCAGAGAGUCGGCAGACUGAGGUGGUGAUCAGAGACAUUGACGAAAGGGCCAUGGAGUUGCUGAUUGAUUUUGCGUACACUUCUCAGAUCACGGUAGAAGAGGGUAACGUCCAGACCUUACUGCCAGCCGCCUGCCUCCUCCAACUAGCCGAGAUCCAGGAAGCCUGCUGUGAGUUCCUGAAAAGACAGUUGGACCCUUCCAAUUGCCUUGGCAUCCGGGCAUUCGCCGAUACCCACUCAUGCCGGGAGCUGCUGAGAAUUGCUGACAAGUUCACGCAGCAUAACUUUCAAGAGGUGAUGGAGAGCGAGGAGUUCAUGCUGCUUCCAGCCAACCAGCUCAUCGACAUCAUCUCCAGCGACGAACUGAACGUCCGGAGUGAAGAGCAGGUGUUCAAUGCCGUGAUGGCUUGGGUGAAAUACAGCAUUCAGGAGAGGCGGCCUCAGCUCCCCCAGGUGCUGCAACAUGUCCGGCUGCCUCUGCUCAGUCCAAAGUUCCUGGUGGGCACAGUUGGCUCGGAUCCGCUAAUUAAAAGUGAUGAAGAAUGCAGGGACCUAGUGGAUGAAGCCAAGAACUAUCUGCUUUUGCCCCAAGAGCGACCACUGAUGCAGGGACCAAGAACUCGUCCACGCAAACCCAUCCGCUGUGGAGAAGUGCUCUUUGCAGUGGGCGGCUGGUGCAGCGGGGAUGCGAUUUCCAGCGUUGAGCGUUAUGACCCUCAGACCAAUGAAUGGCGGAUGGUGGCUUCCAUGAGCAAAAGGCGAUGCGGCGUUGGCGUCAGUGUCUUGGAUGACCUUCUGUAUGCAGUGGGGGGCCAUGAUGGCUCCUCCUAUCUGAACAGUGUAGAACGAUAUGACCCAAAGACGAAUCAGUGGAGCAGUGACGUCGCACCCACUAGCACCUGCAGGACCAGCGUCGGGGUGGCAGUUCUUGGUGGCUAUCUGUAUGCCGUGGGUGGCCAGGAUGGCGUCUCCUGCCUCAACAUCGUUGAAAGGUAUGACCCAAAAGAGAACAAAUGGACUCGAGUGGCUUCCAUGAGUACCAGGCGACUCGGGGUGGCUGUGGCUGUACUAGGGGGCUUCCUUUAUGCUGUCGGGGGCUCUGAUGGGACAUCUCCUCUGAACACAGUGGAACGGUACAACCCCCAGGAGAACCGUUGGCACACAAUCGCGCCCAUGGGUACCCGGCGUAAGCAUCUAGGCUGUGCAGUAUACCAAGACAUGAUAUAUGCAGUGGGAGGUAGAGAUGAUACUACAGAACUCAGCAGCGCUGAACGAUACAAUCCCAGGACCAACCAGUGGUCUCCCGUGGUGGCCAUGACAUCACGCCGUAGCGGGGUUGGUCUUGCUGUGGUGAAUGGACAGCUCAUGGCUGUGGGCGGCUUUGACGGAACAACGUACUUGAAGACCAUUGAAGUGUUUGAUCCAGAUGCCAACACAUGGAGACUCUAUGGAGGAAUGAACUAUCGUCGGCUUGGCGGUGGUGUAGGAGUUAUCAAAAUGACACAUUGUGAAUCCCAUAUAUGGUAAAACAACCGGUGAGAGGAAUCCCCCUCUGUGUUCAUUCCUGUUGAAACUGGUCAACCUGGUGACCUCUGAGCUCUCUGAGGCUCUAGUAAAAGCAAGAUCGCACUUAUAUUCUUUGCUGGUGCCUCUUCCUGUGGGACUGUAAUGGAUGUUGAACGCAUUUCCCCCUCCACUGCUACAAUUACAGAAGACCAUGCUAACUUCUCCAGCAAACAGUCUGGAGCACGCAGUUUUCCUUGUCUUACCUGUUCUCCUCUUCCAUCCUGAUUUACUGAAGAAACUGGAAUUUGGUGUCACUCUAGUCACUUUAGUAACAACCUAAGAACUCAAAGUGUACUAGAGGUCUGCCAAACAAGGGCCCAUUCAGCUCUGUCACAAAUGGGCAAGACAUCUGUCCCGAACGUGAAUGUGUGUCAGUCAUAGCCCUCUUGACAGGGUUGUCAGCCACGUUCACAUCUACUCUCAUCUCACUGAAAAGUAGUUGCAUAAGACCUCAUUUCAGCAAAGGCAAAGUAAAGAGGAUGCUGCAGGUAGGUUUUGCUUAAAUUAAAUGACCUACAGUGCUAACCGAUUUUUUUAGCCUUUUUCUGUUUAACUUUUACUGUAUGUCUUUUGGAUACUAUGAAAACACCUUAUUUUGUAGGCUAACUUCAACUGAAUAGAUUCUGACUAUUGCAUGCAGUUUUCCAGCUGAAGCUAUUUAUAAAUUCUGAUCGCUACCUGGAUUUUGGAAAGCAGAAUGUUAUACCUUAAGACGGUCAGCCUCACUGGAAAACUGAACAAAAGAUCAAAAUACAUAGGAAGAACAGGAAUGUAACUUGGUACUUAGCGGUGGGGAAGUUUUGAUUGCCCUGAACAUUUGAGAUGAGCAAGAGCACACUAAUAAUGUUCUUCCUUUCAGGGAAGAAUUUUCUGAGACUGUGUCCUUUUGUAUCAGUAACGAGGCUCAUUUUCUGCAUACAUCAUAUCUCGUCAACUUAGAGGAAAACUCCGGUAUAAUACCCCAUGAACAUGUGUGCUGCAAUUAAGCAGUUGUUGAGACAGAGAAAACAAGGUACCCUUUAAGAAGCAGUUGACCUUUCUCUUCUGUUCAUUUUAAUUAAUAUUUCAGAGCACUCUCGGUGUGUAAUUUUUGGGCUCAGAGGCAUGAUAACUGCCUUAUUACACUUCUGAAAGAAGUGCUUAGAAUUAAAAGUAUUUGCCACCUUUUUUUCUGCAGCAUAGCUGUUCCCUCAAUCAGUUCAAAAGAUUGCAGCCUUAAAACAUCUCAGAUGGAUUAACUGCUGUAAAGAUUCCUCACCCCAAAAUUUAACUGUAUCACUGUUGUAGCUUGCUUGGAGAGCAUAGAAUCAAAGAGUAAUGCAAAUUGACCAGUUAUUGUACAGAGGUCUGCCAGGGCCUUGACAGGCCAUGAGUUCUGCAAGCUGGAGCAACACCCAGAUGUUAAGACCUUCUUUAUGUAGCUUUAAAGCCUCCACAGCUUUAGUGUAUUUGGGUAGAUAAAAGUUACAGUUAACAUAAGUGGCUGUUGGGGGGAGAAGUUCAGAGGUGAAAGCCCUUCCUUUUGCCCUAAAGGUUGGCAUUCUUACGUUUACAUUUUGAACAUUUGCACCUUUACAAAGACAAAGUAUUCUGUAAACAGUUGUUUACAUGUAUCAUUUGUGCUUUUUCUAGCAUGAGUUAACUUGUAUAAAUAGCAUUACCUUAAUAAAA